AUGGGUAAUGAUACUGAUUUAUCUACUACCAUCAAGUGUACCGCAAAAGGAAUUCCUAGGCCGUCAGUCCAAUGGGCAAAAUGUCAUCAUGGUCAAUGUCGUUCUCAUCUAUUCCCAAGUCAAAAUAUCCAGAUAAUUAAUGAAACCACCGUAGUCGCUACUCUGAAAAUCGAUCGAAAUAAUCCGAACCAAAUUGGAAAUAUCUCCUGCCGAUCUGUCAAUUUAUGUCAAAGUUUAUUAAGUCGUAAAAUUUGGAAUGUUCAACGACCAUCAGUAUCUACAUUAGAUAAUGUCUGCAAACUAUUAUUACCGGCUCAACCUCAUCAAUUGGCAUAUUUCGGUUUACCUUACGAUAUAACGUUUACCAUGCAAUACCAAGGAUGUCAAUGUGGAGUGGACUGCACCUACCAAGCAAGCUUUUAUUUUAAAAGAAAAAAUAUCAUCAUCAACGAUGGAACCAAUACCAAGAUUAGUUCAAAUUUUGCAUGCCCUAAUUCAAGUUGGCCGUGCUCUAAUUCUAGUUCAAAGCCGUAUCUAGGUUGCUGUCAGCGCAAUAUCACUUUGAGAAUUCAAAAUGUGACCGUGGAUGAUCUUGGAGAAUACCAAUUUGAAUACUAUGGCGUGCAUUGUCAGUGUAUUCAAGGAAUGAAAGCAUCUAUCAAUUUGCAAGCACAAGAAUGUAUUAACAGCGGUAUAAUUCUUAGCGCUCGAAAGGAUAAAGAGAAGGAUUCUUCUGUUACAUUUUCUUGCUUCGCUAGAGGAAAUCCAAGGCCUCAAAUCCAAUGGACGAAAUGUAAUCAAACUCAAUGUCUUCCUUAUCCUUUCCGAUUUCAAAGGACAAAGGUCAUUAAUGAUACUACCACAGUUAGCACUUUGACAAUCUAUCGAACGGAGGGUGAAGAUCUUGGAAAUAUUUCAUGUCAAUCAGUUAAUCCAUGUAAAACUGUGCCGGGCCAUCAAAGCUGGACUGUUAAAUCAUCAAGUACGAUAAAGAUCAUUUUAAUUAUCACCUUUGGAAGCUCAACGGGUUUAGUUUCGAUUGUUGUCCUGAUUGUUGUCUUUAUACCUGAUCGGCGCACUAAGCUCUCCUAUUUUACGAAAGUAAUGAUGGCAACAAAAAUUAAAACCGAUAAAGAGAAAAUUUUAAUUAUAAGACAUUGUUAUACUCAACCUGCUGUUGAUCUUACAACAACGAUAGUAUCGCAGCUAAAGCGCUAUUUCGAUGGCCAAAUCAUGACGAUGUUCAACAAUGCUCCUUAUGAUAUUCAUCCUACUAUUUAUUUAAAAUUUAUUCGACAUUUUCGAAUGGUAGUUUUACUGCAUGAAGAUCAAGUCGAAGAAGGAAAUGAAAUGAAAUGUCAACAUUUUAUACCUUGCGUGAAAAGUAUUAUCGACGAUUGCAUUAGUACAGGUGGCAUUCCUAUUUUACCUAUUUUAAUUAAUGACCCUCGAAAUUAUCCUGAUAAUCUUGAUCAAAUGGAAUGUCUUACAUGGGAUGAAAAGUGGAAUGAUGAUGAUCAAGAAAACUUUAAGCAAGAAUUACAUGAUACUAUAUACAAUUGCUAUCAUGGCUUGUGUCCAAGCUAUCUGCAUACCAGUAUCAGCAAUUUAAGUGAUACUAAUGAUGAUAAUGACGAUGAAACUACAGUCUUAAUGCAUUCCGGAUAUGAAAAUUAA